AUGGCGUUUGAUCGAGCCGCGGUGCAGAUUCGAGGGAAGAAGACAAAGCUUAACUUUCCAGAGCUGAUUCUGGGGGGCGAAGGAACCGCAGGGCAGGAACCUGCAGCACGAGCGAUAAUGAAGAAUGAGGAAGCAUCUGCAGAGAAAAUUAUGGAACCGACUUGUAACCUGGAGGGGAGGAUAUCUGCCGAGCAGGUCAUGCAAGGAAAGCCGGUGGCAGAGGGGGCAGCUGGGCGAUUGGGUGAAAACAGAGUUUGGCAAAGUGCGUAUGGAGAGGCAAUUGCUAUGGUUGCACAGACAGCAGGUUGCAAAGCUGAAGCUACAGCACAAGCGAUAUCGGACACGGACGUGGUUGGGCUCACGACAUGCGCAGACAGCAGCACAGUCAGUGGAAGCAGCUCGAGCAGAGCUGGCCCUUCCACCUCGUCUGCCUCCGCGCCUGCAUCCAUUCUCUCCAUCCCUCCGGCCAUGUUUCUAUCCAGAGAGCCGUGUUCUGCAGGCUUGGAGCACGAUGGGCUCACCACAGACGCAGGGGGAAUGGCGGUGGCGGGGGCAGCAGCAGCAGCAGCAGCAGCAGCAGCAGCAGCAGCAGCAGCAGCAGCAGCAGCAGCAGCAGCAGCAGCAGCAGCAGCAGCAGCAGCAGCAGCAGCAGCAGCAGCAGCAGCAGCAGCAGCAGCAGCAGCAGCAGCAGCAGCAGCAGCAGCAGCAGCAGCAGCAGCAGCAGCAGCAGCAGCAGCAGCAGCAGCAGCAGCAGCAGCAGCAGCAGCAGAAGGAGCAGGAGCAGCAGCAGGUGGAGCAGCAGGUGCAUCAGGAGCAACAACGCCAACAGUUGACCAUGCAGACAAGCAACGGCCACCACGAGAGCAUGGGACAUCUCCAUAUGAUGCACUGGAGAAUGAGGUGCUCGAUGGUUUGAUGCACACUGGAGGGCUGCUGCGUGGGAUGAAUCAGCAACAGGUGCAUGAAGCGGUGUUGGGUCCGCCACGGGAUGAGCCGCAUGGUAGCACAGCAGUGCAGGCGGCAUGGGACCAGUCUGCGAGUGCAUGGAGCACAGAGGCAGUGGGGAGUUUGGUGUUGAGCGAUGCAGACCCGUUUGAAGACCCGUUUCAAGCCAUGGACGAGCAGUGGCACAGUGACGUGCAGUUCACUGCUGUUGGCAUGUGUGGUCCCUCUGCCCCUGUUGGACAACGCCUACAGCAGCGAUUCCAGCAGCAACAGCCGAACGGUCAGCAGCACGAUCACCAGUAG